CCGCCAGAAAGCCACAUGAGCGGAUGAUGUAAACAACUGCAGUGCGAGGCUGGUCUGUCUUUAACGAGCGAGAGCAGCAGCCCUUCACGGUGACACCGCAGAUCAUGCCCCACGACCCCGACCCUCCUCCGGCCAAGAGAUUUAAGCCGGGCUCCCCCUUCUUCCGCCUGGAUAAGAAGCCGGGCAUGCUGCUCCCCCGGGCGGGACAUGCUGCCGCCGGUGUGGAGGCGCAGCGGAGACACUUACCGAUAUACCAGAGCCGGACACAGGUGAUCAGCCAGCUCCGACAGCUCCACAGCGCCGUGUUCAUCGGUGAGACAGGCUCCGGUAAAACCACUCAGAUCCCGCAGUACCUGUAUGAGGCGGGCAUUGGCCGGCAGGGCAUCAUCGCCAUCACUCAGCCCCGGCGGGUCGCUGCCAUAUCACUGGCCGGACGAGUGGCUGAAGAGAAGAAAGUGCAGCUGGGGAAGCUGGUGGGCUACACGGUGCGCUUCGAGGAUGUGACGUCACCAGAGACCAAGCUGAAGUUCAUGACGGAUGGGAUGCUGCUGCGCGAGGCCAUUGGAGACCCUCUGUUACUGCGGUAUACUGUGGUGAUCCUGGACGAGGCUCACGAGAGAACCGUACACACUGAUGUGCUGUUCGGGGUGGUGAAGGCCGCGCAGCGCAGACGCUUGGAGCAGAACAAAAUACCACUCAAGGUGGUGGUGAUGUCUGCCACUAUGGACGUGGAUCUGUUCUCUCAGUACUUCAACAAGUCGCCCGUUCUGUAUCUGGAGGGUCGGCAGCAUCCCAUUCAGAUCUACUACACCAAACAGCCUCAGUCUGACUAUCUGCAGGCGGCGCUCGUCUCCAUAUUCCAGAUUCACCAGGAAGCUCCGUCGUCUCAUGAUAUCCUGGUGUUCCUGACGGGUCAGGAGGAGAUCGAGGCUCUGGCGCGCACCUGCCGGGACAUCUCCAAACACCUGCCGGACACCAGCGGGAGCAUGACUGUGGUGCCGCUCUACGCCUCACUGCCACCUGCACAACAGAUGCGCGUGUUCCUGCCCGCACCCAAGGGAUCCAGGAAAGUGAUUCUGUCCACCAACAUUGCUGAAACCUCCAUCACCAUCUCCGGCAUCAAGUACGUCAUCGACACCGGCAUGGUGAAGGCCAAGCGCUUCAACCCAGACAGUGGUCUGGAGGUGCUGGCGGUGCAGCGUGUGUCUAAGGCUCAGGCGUGGCAGCGUGCAGGUCGAGCCGGUAGAGAAGACGCCGGAUCAUGUUAUCGCCUCUACACUGAAGACGAGUUCGAGAAUCUCGCUAACAUGACGGUUCCAGAGAUCCAGAGGUGUAAUCUGGCCAGUGUGGUGCUGCAGCUCCUGGCUCUGGGUGUUCCUGACGUCCUCAACUUUGAUUUCGUGUCCAAACCGUCGCCUGAGUCGAUGCGGACGGCGGUGGAGCAGCUCUGUAUCCUCGGAGCCGUCGACAGGAAAGAUGAUCAUGUUUCGUUAACGCCGCUGGGCAAGAAAAUGGCCUGUUUCCCUCUGGAGCCUCGAUUCUCUAAAACUCUCCUGAUCUCUCCUGACUUCUCCUGCGCUGAGGAGAUUCUGACCAUCAUCUCUCUGCUCUCUGUGGACUCUGUGCUCUACAAUCCUCCGGCCCGCAGGGACGAGGUCAUCUCCGUGCGCAAGAAGUUCAUCUCCAGCGAAGGCGACCACAUCACGCUCCUUAACAUAUACAGGGCCUUCAAGAAAGUCAGCGGGAACAAGGACUGGUGUCGAGAGAACUUUGUGAACAGCAGGAACAUGGGGCUGGUAGGAGAGGUUCGAGCUCAGCUCAGAGACAUCUGUAUCAAGAUGAGCCUGAAGCUGGAGUCGUCGGUGUGUGAUCUGGUGAAUGUGCGCCGCUGUCUGGCUCACGGUUUGUUCAUGAGCGCAGCAGAACUGCAGCCGGACGGCUCAUACGUGGCUCUGGACACACACCAGGCCGUCAGCAUACACCCGUCCUCUGUGCUGUUCCAGGCGCGGCCGGUGUGUGUGCUGUUCAACGAGCUGCUGCACACCUCACGCUGCUACAUGCGGGAUCUGUGUCUCAUACAGACUGACUGGCUGCACGAGGCCGCGCCAGAGUACUUCAGGAGGAAACUGCGCGCAAUCAAGAGCUAACACACACACACACACUCGCUGGACACACACUGCAGCUUCACCAAAUGAUGCAUGAUGGGAAAUAGAGUCCUGACUGUUCACACACACUAAAGAAAGAUGGUGUGUUUGACUCACACACACACAUACUCGCAUAAACAUAUGCUCUUACACACACACACACACACACACACACACACACACACACACACACACACAUACUCGCAUAAACAUAUGCUCUUACACACACACACACUCACACAUACAAAUGCUCUCACACACAGACACACAAUCUCACAAACACACAUGCUUUCUCUCUCACAUGCACACAUACAUACACACACACACAUACUCUCACUCUCACAUAUACACACAGACACACACGCAGUGUCUCUCACACACACACUAUGAGGAAAGACGGUGACACACUCUUUCACAGACACUUUCUUUCUAACACACACACGCGCACACUGAGUAAAGGGGAUGUGUGUUUGACUGAUACUAGAACCACACACACACACACACACUCUUACAGGCAUGCACACACACAUGCACUAAGUAAAGACGGUGUGUUUGACUGAUACCAGAACCCCACACACACUCUUACAGACACACGCACACACAUACUGUACACACUGUGUAAAGAUGGUGUGUUUGACUGAUACCAGAACCACACACACACACACACACACACACACACACUGAGUAAAGACGGUGUGUUUGACUGAUACCAGAACCACACACACACACACACACACACACACACACACACACACACACACUCUGAGUAAAGACGGUGUGUUUGACUGAUACCAAAACCACACACACACACACACCGAGUAAAGACGGUGUGUUUGACUGAUACCAGAACCACACACACACUCCUACAGACAUGCACACACACACACACACACUUUUACAGGCACGCACACACAUACUGUACACACUGAGUAAAGAUGGUGUGUUUGACUGAUACCCGAACCACACACACAUCGUGAGUAAAAUGUGUGUUUGACUGUCAAAAGAACCAUAUACACACUUUAACAGACACUCUCUCUCUCACACACACACGCACACACACACACAGACACACGGACACUGAGGUAAGAUGAUGUUUGUUUGACUGAUAACAGAACUACACACACACUGAGGAAGGACGGUGUGUGUUUGACUGAUACCAUACACACACACACACACUGAGUAAAGCUGGUGUAUGUGUGUGUAGAACUGAGUGAGUGUGUACUGCUGUAACUCUGAGGAUGUCACACACACCGUCUGCAGGGACUCCAGCUCUCCAGAAUGUCUGCAUGUGUUCUGUUUGCGGGAUCGGUGCGUUCGUCUGUGCUGAAACACCACUGUCAGAGGCGCCUGUGUGUUUACAGACUCGCACACUAUCAAGACUGAAGCAGAUGUUUGAGAACGAAGCCGGAAAUCAGAACCAGCUCGGCUUCCUGAUGCAGAAUUAAUAAGGGAAAUGGAGAAAGUGUCCUGAAUGAAGAAAAUUCAGCCAGAAAUAAAGGAGGAAGAGUCUUUAUAAUGCAGUUUUAUAAUUGUUAGCUAAAAUUAAACCUCUAAAAGAGUUACUUGAAUUAAACAUGAACUGAAAUCAAGCGAAUAUUGAUCAAUAUAAUAAUAUAAUAUUUAAUCUUUGCUCUCUUAUUUUAGUUUACGUAUAAGUACUGAAUUAAUUAAAGCUCAAAUAAACUCAUAAAAAUGGCAAUAAGACAACAAAACGACUUAAACUAGAAUAAAAAAAAGUAAAAAAAAAAUGAGUAGAAAAUUAUAAAAAAUUUAAUUCUAUUUUAUAAUAAUAUUUAACAGAGCCACAUUUUAAUUUUAUUUUAGCUCGCUUUUGCCAAAAAGUCACAUUUAGCUUGCUUUUUUCAUUAUUUGUUUUGUUUAUGUAGAAAGACUAAAAUAAUUCAAGUAUAAACUCACCAGCUACUUUUCAUUUUAGCUAAUUUAAUUACAGAUACACCUGCCUUAAUAUACUUAUAAUAUCCUUGAAUUAUAAUAUACUAGCCUUUAAUACUGUUCAAACAUUCAAUAGUUCAAUAGUAUGUAUAUAUAUAUAUGUGUGUAUAUAUAUAUACACACACACACACACACACACACACACACACUCAUUUACCAGCCACUUUAUUAGGUACACCUGUCCAACUGCUCGUUAACGCACAUUUCUAAUCAGCCAAUCAUUUAAACAUUUAAAAUAAAAAUCUAAAAUUACAAUGUUGGGUGUCACAGUGGCGCAGUGGGUAGAACGAUCGCCUCACAGAAAGAAGGUCACUGGUUCGAGUCCCAGCUGGGCCAGUUGGCAUCUUUGUGUGGAGUGUGCAUGUUCUCCCCGUGUUGGUGUGGGUUUCCUCCGGGUGCUCCGGUUUCCCCCACAGUCCAAACACAUGCGCUAUAGGGGAAUUGAUCAACUAAAUUAGCCAUAGUGUAUGAGUGUGUGUGUGUGAAUGAGUGUGUAUGGGUGUUACCCAGUGUUGGGUUGCAGCUGGAAGGGCGUCCGCUGUGUAAAACAUAUGCUGGAUAAGUUGGCGGUUCAUUCCUCUGUGGCGACCACUGAUUAUUAAAGGGACUAAGCCGAAAAGAAAAUGAAUGAAUGAAUAAUACAAUUUAAAGAAACGUAAACAAAAGAAAUUCAAAAUGUCAACUCAAAUUAAAAUGGCAUAUAUAAUAAUAUUACAGUAAUAAAUACACUAUAUUAAUAUACUGUAUUGUUAUUAUAUUAAUUAUAUUGUAAUAAUAAAACUCCACACAUAUAAAUAAUAGUAAAAUAUGACACAUUUUUAGGCUGGUUAUCAGAUUUGCGAUAUUUGUACAUCAUUUAAUGGUAAUUAAUCAGAUUUCCCCAAGUGUCUGAUAAUUCACCGCUAUUUAAUACCAAUAUUUACCAAUAAAUAAUAUAUAUAUUUUAAUAUACUGUUAUUCCUUGCAUUACAAUAACAACAUUUUUGGUGUAUUUUUACAUUUGCUUAAUUGUCAUGAAAUAAUGGCAUCAUUAAAAUCAACAUAUUAAACAUCUUAAAGAAGAUUUACACAUAUAUAACAUAUUAUUAUUGUAGUAAAAUAUAUUAUUGACCAUUUCCCUGAGAUUGAUCUGUGAAGCGUCAUGAGGGAGGAUUUAUACUUCACAUAUUGAACUCUUUUUCUCUGAUUCUGCCUUAUUAUGUUCAUAAAACUGUAUAAAUCAGCAGCAAAUGUAGACAGGUCACCAUCAACAUGCAUGACUGUUUAAUACAGUGUUUCCCAAGCCUGUUCCUGGAGGCACACCAACAGUACAUAUUUUGGAUGUCUCCGUUAUCUGACCCAUUAACUUCAGGUGUUGGAGUCUCUUCUGAUGUUAUGAUGAGUUGAUUCAGGUGUGUUGGAUUAGGGAGAGGUUGAAAAUGUGGACUGUUGGUGUGGCUUCAGGAACAGGGUUGGGGAACACUGGUUUAAUAUUUGAAUAGUAUAUUAAUAUAUAAUGCGUGUAGCUGAUGAUUCACAACCACAAGUGCUAAAACCCUGAUGCAGAAACCACUCAAUAUAUGAAUACUGAAGUAGUUUUAUUAAGACACAGAUAUUGAGUCUGUAGUGACGUGCUGUUAUUAAGCCAGUGCCAAUUUGAAUCUGUUUGAUAUGGAAGUAGAUGAUUUAUGAGUAUGUUAUGCAUAAUAAUGUAACGCAUGCCACUUUCUAUUAUGGGGAACCAAAAUGCAGAUUAGGUUUACUAAUUAUUCCUGUUUAUUUGCAUUUAAUAUCACAUGUUCUUAGCGCAUAUGAAUGCUGUGCAUGAAAUAUGAACUCUCAGGUUUUUAUGGUGCACAUGAUGCACCCAUACACGUUUAAAUAGCAACAUAUUGAUGUUUCUUUCCCAUUGCUUCAAUGAUUCAAGCUUUGAUUCAAGAUUCAAGCUUUGAUUCAAUGAUUCAAGAUUCAAGCUUUUCAAGAUUCAAGCUUUCCCAUUGCUUCAAUGAUUCAAGCUUUGAUUCAAGUUUCAAGCUUUGAUUCAAUGGUUCAAGAUUCAAGCUUUUCAAGAUUCAAGCUUUCCCAUUGCUUCAAUGAUUCAAGCUUUGAUUCAAUGAUUCAAGAUUCAAGCUUUUCAAGAUUCAAGCUUCAAGCUUUCCCAUUGCUUCAAUGAUUCAAGCUUUGAUUCAAGUUUCAAGCUUUGAUUCAAUGGUUCAAGAUUCAAGCUUUUCAAGAUUCAAGCUUUCUUAUUGCUUCAAUGAUUCAAGCUUUGAUUCAAUGAUUCAAGAUUCAAGCUUUUCAAGAUUCAAGCUUCAAGCUUUCCCAUUGCUUCAAUGAUUCAAGCUUUGAUUCAAGUUUCAAGCUUUGAUUCAAUGGUUCAAGAUUCAAGCUUUUCAAGAUUCAAGCUUUCUCAUUGCUUCAAUGAUUCAAGCUUUGAUUCAUUGAUUCAAGAUUCAAGCUUUUCAAGAUUCAAGCUUCAAGCUUUCCCAUUGCUUCAAUGAUUCAAGCUUUGAUUCAAGAUUCAAGCUUUGAUUCAAUGGUUCAAGAUUCAAGCUUUUCAAGAUUCAAGCUUUCUCAUUGCUUCAAUGAUUCAAGCUUUGAUUCAAUGAUUCAAGAUUCAAGCUUUUCAAGAUUCAAGCUUCAAGCUUUCCCGUUGCUUCAAUGAUUCAAGCUUUGAUUCAAGUUUCAAGCUUUGAUUCAAUGGUUCAAGAUUCAAGCUUUUCAAGAUUCAAGCUUUCUCAUUGCUUCAAUGAUUCAAGCUUUGAUUCAAUGAUUCAAGAUUCAAGCUUUUCAAGAUUCAAGCUUCAAGCUUUCCCAUUGCUUCAAUGAUUCAAGCUUUGAUUCAAGAUUCAAGCUUUGAUUCAAUGGUUCAAGAUUCAAGCUUUUCAAGAUUCAAGCUUUCCCAUUGCUUCAAUGAUUCAAGCUUUGAUUCAAGAUUCAAGCUUUGAUUCAAUGAUUCAAGAUUCAAGCUUUUCAAGAUUCAAGCUUUCCCAUUGCUUCAAUGAUUCAAGCUUUGAUUCAGUGAUUUAAGAUUCAAGCUUUUCAAGAUUCAAGCUUUCCCAUUGCUUCAAUGAUUCAAGCUUUGAUUCAAGAUUCAAGCUUUGAUUCAAUGAUUCAAGAUUCAAGCUUUUCAAGAUUCAAGCUUUCCCAUUGCUUCAAUGAUUCAAGCUUUGAUUCAAUGAUUCAAGAUUCAAGCUUUUCAAGAUUCAAGCUUUCCCAUUGCUUCAAUGAUUCAAGCUUUGAUUCAAUGAUUCAAGAUUCAAGCUUUUCAAGAUUCAAGAUUUCCCAUUGCUUCAAUGAUUCAAGCUUUGAUUCAGUGAUUUAAGAUUCAAGCUUUUCUGAAUGCAAAUGAUUUUCACACUGUUUCUGAUGUAAAAUAAUAAUAAAGGAAUGUUUUAUGUCCUCUUUAUUAGAUGCUUUUAAAGAUGAAUGAAAAAAAUGACACUUUUGCAUGUGUUUUUACUGAUGCUCUGUUAAAGGGUCUGUAUAGUGAGAUUCAUUUGUACAAAUAAAAGACUUGAAUUCA